AUGAAAUUCGCAGCAGCUGUCGGCUUCAACCCGCGUCACCCGAACAACGAGGAUAUUGUGCGCUUUGCUACGUCACUUUCAGAGUCAGUGUCUGCAGCAACACUUAAGGUAUACCUAGCUGCCAUAAGGUUUCACUUAUCGCAAGGUACGUCCGUAGAGGGACUGCGCUCACAACGCCUCGUGGCCGUGUUGAAAGGCAUUGAGCGAAAGCAAUUUGACACACGGAGGUCGGAGGCAGGUAGCCAAGGGGGCCGGCAGCGCCUACCAGUUGCGCCAUCAGAUCUGCUGACCAUAAAAGCGCAAGUAGGUACGUCCGCCCACUCGGCAAGUGAUAAGGCAAUGAUGUGGGCUGCACUGCUGACUGCAUUUUACGGUCUGCUGCGCGUAGGCGAAUAUGCCUCCACGUCAACGGGCGAAGCACGCAAUCUCCACACCCUGACUGUGGCCCAGGUCCAGAUAGCGGAGACAGAGGUGGUAAUCAACCUUGGUCCCACCAAGACCUCACAGUUCGGCGGGGGCGGCACAGUGUUGCUUCAUGCGUCGGCCAACAAAGAGCUGUGUCCAGUAGAGGCCGUCAAGGUAUACAGAUCCAGGCGACGCUGGUCAAAUGCGGAAGCGCCCUUCUUCGUUCACGACAACGGUAAGCAGCUCACUCAGAAGGACAUCAACCUACAGUUGAAGAGAGCUUUGGGCCCUGAGGUCAGUAGCCACUCCCUGCGCAAGGGCGGCGCCACCGAGUUGGCAGCACGACGGGCGCCAGAGUGGCAGUUGCAGGCAGCCGGACGUUGGCGCAGCUCGGCAUACAAGCGGUAUAUCCACACACCUGCAGGCUUCCCCUCCCACUAG